AGACAGCACCAACCAAGGAUAAAUCGUCCAAUUUUUCAACAUCAUAGAACGGCAAACACAGACAAAAGGUUGUUUAUAGGAGUUAGUAAGUCCAAAUUUGAAAAAAUGUGGGUAGCUUUGUUAAUCUUUGCACUCGCACCCAACAUUAUCCAAGUGGAUGCCAACAUUUCCAAGAGCAUGCACCUCACUUGGGGUGUUCGGCAUGCUUCAAUUCUGGGUGAAGACCUUCAUCUUGUGUUGGAUAAAACCUCAGGAUCAGCUGCUCAAUCAAAGAGAUCAUUCUUAUUUGGAAGCAUUGAAAUGCUAAUCAAGCUGGUACCUGGUAAUUCUGCUGGAACAGUUACAGCCUACUAUUUAUCCUCUGCAGGAAGCCAGCAUGACGAGAUAGAUUUUGAAUUCUUAGGCAACAGUACAGGACAGCCAUACACUGUCCACACUAACAUAUACACACAAGGAAAAGGAAGCAGAGAGCAACAAUUUUUCCUCUGGUUUGACCCAACUGCUGAUUUUCACAAUUACACCAUUCACUGGAAUCCCACAGCAAUUGUAUGGUAUGUUGAUAGUGUGCCAAUUCGGGUUUUCCGAAACCAUGAAAAAGAGGGCAUUGCUUACCCAAACAAGCAAGGAAUGAGGGUUUACACCACCCUAUGGAACGCAGACGACUGGGCAACCAGAGGCGGCCUUGUUAAGACGGACUGGCACAGCGCACCAUUCACUGCCAGAUUCCACCAUUUCAGAGCAAGGGCUUGCAAGUCGGGCGGAGCAAGGAGCACCAAUCAAUGUGCCUCCAAUGUCCCUGCAAAUUGGUGGACUUCCCGGAGAUACAAGCAGCUGAGUCACUCCCAGAUCGGACAGCUAAAUUGGGUCAGAAAUAAUUACAUGAUCUAUGACUACUGCACAGAUACCAAAAGAUUCAACGGACAAAUCCCUCCGGAAUGCUUUAAACCACAAUUCUAGACAUCUGAUUUUCCAUGCAUUCACGCAGCAGUCAGCAACUCAAAACAUGUAACAGCAGCUAAUCGUGACAGCUCAAGUGUUUUCUUUUUCAUGCCACAUUCGUUUGCUAUUUGUCACGUUCUUGGUGAUUCGUCCAUUCUUGUUGACUCACGAUGUACUGAAUAAUGCUGAAUUGUCUUAUCUAUGGAAGAAUAAAUAAAUUGUCCAAUACAGAAAUUUGCAAAUGGAAGAA